ACGCGACGUAAUUAAUAUUCAUGAUUCUAUCCUUCACCAUAGUAGAAGAAAAGCAACUUCUGAGACGUUUUAAAAUGAAACAUGGAUUCUUCCUCACUUAUUCCACCCUCUACUGUGUUUUUUGAUUUAGAGACCACUGGUUUAGAUGCCUCGUGUGAUAUGGUCCAGCUGGCUGCAGUGAGUGGAGGUCACACAUUUAACCUCUUCAUGGUUCCUCGGCGGCCGAUGCAGCCCGGGGCGUCCAGGAUCACAGGCUUCAGUGUGAGGCGUCACCGUUUGUUUCUCCAUCACAGGCCGGUGCUCACCAGCUCUCUCCGAGAAGCCCUGGUCUCCUUCAUCACCUUCCUCCGGAUGCUGGCUCGGCCACUCCUGGUGGGCCACAACAUCCGCAGAUUCGACUGCCACGUUUUGGCCAGAGCUCUGGAUGAGUUCGGACUUCGGUCGGACUUCCACAAAGAGGUUUCUGGAUUCGUGGACACCCUUCCUUUGGCACGAAAGCUUCUCAAAGACAGUGGUCUUAAGAGCUUCAAGCAGGAGAACCUGGUUAAGAGCCUCCUGGGAGUUUCAUACGCGGCCCAUAAUGCUCUGGAGGACGUGCAAGCCCUGCAGAAACUCUACUGGGCCCUAAAACCAACGGCCAAUCAGAUCCAGCAGCACAUUUUUACUCUGGACUCAUUGGCUACUGCAGCUGUCAAUCAAGUUCCAGUUAGACCAUCUUUAUGUGAACGCUUUAGUAAACAACUGGAUAUUACAAAAGAAGAAAGAGCAGAGGAACAUUUGGACGUCUGAUUCAUGAUCUCAGAUCUUUUUUUAAUCAGUAUUUAUAAAACCAGUUAAGGUGCUUUUAAAGCAAAAAAACAACAACAACAACAAGUGAUGCGAUGUUGUUCAUUGGUAAUGUUUUGUAUGGUUAUGGUUUGUAACUUAUGAUGUAUUUAUGUUCUUUAAUAAAUAAAUGUAUUUAAUUGUA